GCCCCACUCAGCCCUUCACCAGGAUACUACCUACAUUCCAAAUAUCCUAGUCUUCUAACCUCAAUGCGACUAACCUCUCCCAAGAACCAAAUCUAUAUAAACCCCCUUCCAACUCUGCCAUUUCAAUCACCAGCAUCACAGACUCACCAGCUCACAACACAACAAACCCCAACCUUUUUAUCCCUCAAACCCACCAACAACCCACAACCCACCAAAAUGCAACUCCUCGCCUACCUCCCCCUCGUUCUCGGCCUGAGCACCCCCGCCCUCUCAGCCUGGGGCCUCAAGGCCUGGCACAGCGACAACUGCAGCGGCUCGCUGCUGACACACAUCGAGAACUCGCCCAAGACGGGGUGCUUCAACUUCGACAAGAAAGAGGGGUCCGGGAUCCGCUCGAUCAAUGGCAACUUCAACACCAAGGACUACCACAUCACGAUCUACCCCAAGGCGGACUGCAAGGGGACGGCGGCGUGGUCCGGCAAGCAGAUCACUCCCCAUAAGUGCGAGGUGUUCAAGGAGUGGAGCUCGAAGGUCGUCAUGUACUCGUACAAGGUCACUGCUGCCUAG